UCGCUACCGCGGCUCACAGAUAGCGACUGUAGUCGCCAGCUCAGUCGGUAGUCGAGGUGAUCGUGACGGUAGAGACGGCUGGCGCUGUACAUCAGAUCAAUACAGAGUAUCUGUGUGCGUGUGUGCGUGUAUGCUGCAAUUCUAGAGCAACGCUAGUAGUAAUACUAAUAAUUGUAGCAGCGACAGUAGCGGUACAACAACAACGACGACAACAACAGCAACAACAAAAACAAUACAUCAAACAACAGAAGGAAACAGCGGUUGUUGCGCUUUACCGCUGGCUGAGGCCACCGUUCGACAACUCUACGAGGCCGCGGCCGACAACAAAACAGAACGAGGCAAGAGAUCAAAAAAAAAAAAGAAGACGGCGACGACCGUACAAACGGCGCCAGUAGCAGGAUCAGGAGUAAGCAGGCAAGCAAGUAAACCGUGUGCGAGCCUCGCUGAGCGUGCAGCCGCUAGCUUCGUGCUCCUGUGCCACCCGAGUCCGCGGCUCGCACCACAAACGCGAUAACAAUUGCAGCAACUGCUGAUGACGCUGCUGCUGCCGUCGCUGCUGUUAGUGGAGGUCUUCGUUUCGCAGUGCCUCUAUUUCUGUGUAUCAAUGUUGUAUCUGUGUGUGUGCGUGUGUAACGAGAGAUAGUGUCACUGCUGAUGCCAUAGUGCCGUUGGUCGCCGCUGGAUCCAGCAGCAGCGAUAGACAAACAAAGCACAAAGCAAUACAGUUACCUUUACAACAAUUUGUACCCAACCACACACACAGUAUUAAUAACGGCAACGACUAGGUUACGACGCGUGUUACAACCACUAUUGCCACUGCGAUUAGCUGGGAGCUAACUAGUAACGACAGACGUCGAUAGAAACAAGCAUACCUAACAAAAAAACAAGUCAAGUCUGACCGAAGUGAGUAAAGCGUUCAGUCCGGUGUAAAGGAGCGUGCGUGUUUCGUGGCGUGUUUGAGUGUUGGAUAGCCCUCUGUGUGCUAUUGUAUAGUAACAGUGCUGAACGGAAGAAGAAAUGUUUGCUAGUGACGAGCGCUGCGUGUCGUUGAGCGUUUCUGGAUGCCUUGAGCGUAUUCGCGCAUAUAUACCUGUGCCUCCUGAAAAGUGCCGAUGAAUCCAAAUGAAUCUGUUCCAGCUGGUUCGAGUGCAUCAAACAGAAAAGGGAAGACAAGAAAACAGGGAAAGAAUCUUCGUCACCGCAGUCCGCUUCAUUCAGUGGCAUCUAUUAUCUAGCAAGGUACGGCCGUGCUCAUAGUCGUAACGGUGCGAAUUAUGUGCGAAGCUAGUGUCUGACCUAUCUUGAUUUAGCUAGUAUUGCCGACCCCCUCGUCCCCCAAAACAGCCACUUUUUUUCUACCUUCAGUCUACAAGCGAUCUUCUAAUCUGAUUCAACGUGCAACCUCAGUGGCUGGCAGCUUUACAAUUCUACCCUCAAUGACAAGUGAGUGAUGGUUGAUCGGCUUCGGUUGGCUUAAUCAGAUCAGAUCGAGUUAUUACUAUAACAAUGGGUGCAGCAGUACCAAGUGCGUGAGCGACUCAGUAUUGUCGUGUACGUGCAGUUCUCUCAAGUCUGUUUCCUGCACCCGCUACUGGUGUUUCAGCUAGCGUUGCCUAGUUCCUGGUCUCCCAUGCAAUAUUGAGCGUGAGCGUUUGUGCUAACGUGUUAUUGAAGAAUGGCUAGCCAUCUAGCUGGCUAAGGGGUGCUUCAACUGCUACGACGCCAAGAUGACCGCAGAGGACGGCGAGGCAAAAGCAGCCGCAGAGGUUCAUCAUUGUCAAGACAUGCUGGAAGCGUAAGUUAAAAAGAAAUCGCCAGGAUCUCUUAGCGCCCCGGCGUGGAGGCCCAAAGCCCCGCGCCGCGAUGGAGGUGGAGGCGGCGAUGGUGUUGGUUCGAGGAGGAAGUUCUCCAGGGGGCGUUGGUGUGGUGGUCCGACCCGAUGGGUCCGGAGACCAACGGGUGCCACCGUCAGCAGGGGCAGCAAUUAAUUUCGCUGCCGACGCCGAUGGAAGCCUCGAUUCUGCCUAUGAGGACAACUUUGACUGUGGGGAAGAAGCUAUGCAGAGGCGUCUCCUGAUCUCGCGGAUUCUUAGUUCGCCGCUUCUCUUCUGCGCAUCACCUGCCCCUUCCAGUCAAGACAGCCAGAUGAAAGCACCACCAUCCAAUUCGGAGUUCAUCGAUCAGAAGAAGAGCCCGUUGAUGACCGUCGGAUCGUCAGCGGAUUCGGGCACAAACGUUUCGCCCCAGCCUUUGGGGUUGAUCGAACAACCACAUGGACCGCCUGCACCCUCUGAAGCCUCAGACGAAGAUACCGAGGACGCUAACCUCGAGCUUAGCAGAGCCGACACUGAAGUGUAUGAAUGCAGCCUCAGUGAUGAUGCUUCAAGCCCUGGCAAGACAACCAGUCGAGACUCGUCGGUUCGUCGGGACAGUGAAAAUGUUUCGGACGCAGCUAUGGUGGACAGUCCCUACGCCCCAGACACGACCAGUGAAGAAGAAGAGGAUAUUGGAGAUGCGUCCGAUCUGGCGAGAAGUCUACGAUCGGAGGUUGCUCGACUGCUGUACGAAAUGAUCUCGCGUGUCUCUAUGGAAUACGAGUCCCUAGAUGAGGAUAGUAAUGACUGCGAGAGCUGCCCCGAAGUGCCAUGCGAGUCGUGGCGCUCAAGGCGACCAUUGUCUGGUCGGUCGGUGUCUACUGACUCGGGGGUGUCCUCUGUUCACGACGAUUCCCGCAUCUCCCUCAGCUCGCAGCUGAGCCACUGUAGCAGUAGCCAGUCGAGCAGUCAAUCGAGUCGAUCGUCCGAGUGUGCCUCAUCUCCGGCCACCACGAUGGCGCCCGAUUCAUCGGACGAGGCAGCAAUCACUGAAAGAGCACAACGAAGACGUUCGUCCCGUCUGCUCGACCUCAGCUCGACGCUCGCCUCUGCUAUAGCAGGGUCAACGACAGGAUCAUUGAGUGUCGCGCGACUUUCGACAGCGGCCACAACAACAGCAGGCACAGCUACCAUGCCGACAUCAACAACGAUAUCCUCAACGAGAACAGGAACAAUCCGAACUGAAACGGUACCAAUGCCGUCAGAAAACGCACUUUUAUUCGACGCAGAUGCUUCCACGACACUGAUGACGAAACCUGCAACGACCUUAGCAACACCGGUAGCUGUCAACGUUGCGACGACGGUGUUAACCUCAACAGCUAUAACGGCUGAAGCAAUUUCGAUAGUUGCUACGGCCUCCCCAACCGUUACGGGAACCGCAGCGUGUGAUCGCAUCGUCGAUCACCAGCCCCCGCUCAAAGUGCAUGUCACUGCCAAGUCAUGUGCCACCUCUACGACGACAACUGCUAAUUCUGCAAUUGCUACUUCUACUGCCGUUCGUCGUGAUGGCGGUUACUCGAUUACGAGGAGCCACAGUAAAAACAUUAUCAACCAAAAUAACAAUAUCUUCAACAAUAAUAACAACAACAAUAAUAUUACUGCUAUGAAUGAUAAUAACAGCAAACAUAAUAUUAAUAUGAAUCAUACCACUGCUAAUAAUAACAAAAUGAAGAAGAAUGGAUUGGACAUCAUUGAAAAGGCAUUAUUGCCUGGGCCAGCGCAACCCACAGCACUCACAGUCACUGCCAAAGGGACGUCGCGUCCGAGCCCCUUACAGGCUCGUUUAGGCCCGACGUCGCUUGUGAAGCCUUCAGCUGAGCCCCAGCUAGCCUUUCCUCCAGUGUUCGUUGCACCUCAUCCGAAGCCGCUUUUGUCAUGCCGCUGGAAGGAGUGCGGCUUUUCAGCCCGUAAGGACUUUGAGCUGGCGGACCAUAUCGCUGAUGCACAUGUAGCCGCACAGGGUGAUAAAGGCCCUUUCGUCUGCCUUUGGGAGGCCUGCAAAGUAUUUAAUGUCCCAUCGACGCUAAAGCAUUGGCUUGAACAGCACGUUGUUAAACAUUCCCGAAGCAAACCCCUUAAGUGUAUCGUCGACGGAUGCCCACAAAGAUUCUCAACGAAAGCGCUCUUGGAGGCACAUGUAAAUUCCCAUUUUGAAAAAAAUCCUAAACUCAAAAACGAAGCCUCGCUCAAAAGCCAAAAUCAGUUACUUAAACUCGCCAAGAGGAAAAGACUAUUACGGCAGCAUAGCAAAAUGCAAGCUGGUCGUAAGUACGACUUCUUCGACGCCUGUAUCAUGCACCAGAUUAAGGAGAGUCUACUUCAACUUGCCGAAGUGGAGCAGACAUCUUUUAGCACCCUAACCCAUCACAGCAAUCACUCGCCCGCUCAUUCAGCAGGCUCAACCUUCGCCGCAACCGCCUCCUCCGAUCUAUCUUCCAUAGCCUCAUCGUCCUCAUCCGUAGCAGGGGCAACCUUAGCCCGGAAUCAUCCAGGCCGUAAACGCCCCACUACAGCGUGUAGCAACAUUAAUACCCCACUCUCCUCAUCGUCCAGUGCCACUGGCUCAGCAAAUACCCACUGCCCGCGAAGGAGCAGUCGAAGAAAGAUCGCACUCACGAGUGAGCUCACGGUGCAAACUCAGACGCAAAGUCGGGAGGCAUCGACAAAUACCAUAAACCGGAACCACAGCGAGCCAGUUGUAGUUCUCGGACCUAGAUGUGUAACAAACAACCUGCCAGGCCAGAGUAGUCAUCGAAGUUUACAAGCAUUUUCUCCAGACAGCGGUUUCGACACUUCGGAUCCAGCACCAGCAAGCCCACCACAAUUCGACGAUUCUGUUGGAACUGCCGGGUUUUCUGCUGCGCUUGCAAGUGCCGCAGCAGCUGGUCGACUGCUAAUGCCGCCACAGCAUUCGCCAGUGACGUCGACUUCAUUCAGCUCACUGCCACCACCCAUGUCAUUGUCUAUGUCAUCUAAACCUACGAAUCCAUCAGAAUCAAUGAGUAACUUGCAGAGAAUGGCGGCUGCGGCCGCUACGCCUACAGCAUACAAGCUGGAUCCGGCCACCGCUGCACUCGCCCCGUUUCUCGGCAGCAUGACCUCAAAACGAAGUUUUGCUCGACGGCUAAGAGCUGAAGAAACUGGCGGGGGUGGCAGAGGAGGAACAGCUUGCACGCGUUCGAUGACUUCGUCAUCGUCGUCGUCGUCCUUGUGCUGGUCGUUGUCGUCGUUGUCCUCCCCGUCGCUGACGCCUUUAUCACCGUCGCUGUCGACAUCUUUACUGGCGGCGGAUGACGGCCCAGCGGCGGCGCUGUCAACGCAGCAGACGCCGCUAGUUGAGUCCCUGGCCAGAGCCGUGCGCAUGACGCGCUCCGGCCAGCGACAGAUGCUGAUCUCGUUUUACCGGCCUCGUCGGGCCACUGCAGAGGAGGCAGGCUCUGAACGCUGAGAUGAAUGGAAUGUUCAGUAGAAAUUAAUAGAUAAUAUAGAAGGGUAUUAAAUGAAUGUUAGAGGGCAAGCAUCGAAAGUGUGAAGAGUAGUAAAUGUGAGUGCUAAUACCACAGAACGAAAAAUGAAAAGAGCUAAAUAAAAAAAUGCUUUGUAUUGCGAAAAGACUGGGAGCGCCCGCAUCCCAGGGAACUGUACAUCAACGGCUGUUGUUACAGCCAGACGCUGAAUAGAAUACGGGCUAUUCAGCCAUUGUCAGUAAAUUGUGAAAUUGUAAUAUUGUGGCAAGCAAACGUAACAUAAAUACCCGCCUUUUAAAAGCCUUGCAAAAAAACGAAUACGAAUAAGUGACUGAAAUGACCCGAUCUCCGUUGAAUCAUCACUCAACAACCUGAAACCAGAAACAGAAAUAUUCUUAUUGAACAAUGAAGAAUGAAUAUAGGUACAUAUAUGUAAGUGAAUACUAAAUAAUUUAACUAGCGAUGCAAGUAAUAAACGAAUUAUUACAACACAAACUUAAAAACAAAGCUAAGCAUGCAACGCAGGCCAACUCAUUGAUGAAUACCAGCGCCUCGCUGCGACGUGCGGUCCGACGAUGAUGCUCCGUUGUACGGUCUCUGUGCGCUAUGUUGCGAAAAUUUAAGUACUCUGACUCCGGCGCUUUCAUCUGCACCGAAACAGAAUCGUCAGCCGUUGCAGAGCGCGAAUUCUAAACAAAAACAUUGACUAAGACGUCAAAAAGAUGGCGGAUGGGAUGCUAUAUUCCAGUGUCAUCUACGAGCAAACAUAAAGCACACGGCGUUCAGCAGUGGAUGCCUGUAAUAGCAACAUUCUCUCUACAUUUGUAACAAAUUUUAUACUUAACUUCUAUCUAUAUAUAUAUAUAUAUAUAUAUAUAUAUAUAUAUAUAUAUACACACACACACAACAAAGAGAGAUUAUAUGCAAAUGAAUUAAGAAUAUCCACGUGAGAUAAUGAUUACAAAAAGCUGAUUCUAUUAUGACAGUGAAAAUAAAUCGGACUAAAUUUGUGCUGUAACUUAUCACAAAAAUCAUAUUCAAUUAUUCAUGGAGGUAGAAAAACGAACAUAUCCGUUCAGUGCAUCGAUGAAAGUAAUAAGUAACCACAUUGAUUAGGAACGGAUUAGAACUUUAAUACGCCACUGUUUUUGGUUAGAGUUUCUCGAAGUUGAAAUACGGAGAAGCCCUAACUCGGAAAGUAUAUAUAUAUAUAAUUGAAGUUCAUCGAAACUAUAUUUCGGACCUGAAGCUGGGUUAUCUCUGUGAAGAACAGCAAACAUCAUUUAUUAGUGACUGAUGAUUGAGCUGAAUGUGUAUUAUUGACGAUGAUGAUAUUAUCAUUAUUAUAGUAAUUAUUUGCUACGAAAAAAGAGGGCAUGAUUAUUAGAUAUUAUCUGAACAUUAUGUGUACUAUUGAUUGAGUGAUGAGAAAUAUUGUGCGCCGCGAUUAUGAUGGUAUGUAUAUGUAUAUGUAUGAAAAUAUGAUAUA